CGCUCACGCUGUCAGUCAGGUAGUGGUACUGGCUGGCUAACUAUUGCUAGAUUCGGUUGUAGAUCAUGGCUGCUUCGAAGCCAGUCGAGCCCCAGUCUGGGACUGGACUACCACGCUGGCAGCUGGCACUGUUAGUCGGGACCCCCAUAGUACUUGGAGUGGGGGCAGUUUAUCUCUGGAAUCGCAGUAGGACGAAGGAAAGGAAAGGGACUGGGGAGCGGAAAACACCAGAAGGCAGCGCCAGUCCCGUUCAGGGCCAAGACGGCGCAGCUCGAGCCAACCGAGAGCAGGAGAACAUGAGCCCUUUGGAUCGGGCCCAAGCAGCAAAGAACAAGGGCAACAAGUACUUCAAGGCUGGAAAGUAUGAGAAUGCCAUCCAGUGCUACACAGAGGCCAUUGCUCUCUGUCCCACAGAACAGAAGGCUGAUUUGUCAACAUUUUACCAGAACAGAGCAGCAGCCUAUGAACAGCAGAUGAAAUGGACAGAAGUGGUACAGGACUGCUCUCAGGCCGUGGAACUGAAUCCACGUUAUAUCAAGGCCCUGUUCAGGAGGGCUAAAGCUCUUGAAAAACUUGACAAUAAGAAGGAGUGCCUAGAGGAUGUCACAGCGGUGUGUAUUCUUGAGGCCUUCCAGAACCAACAGAGCAUGUUGCUUGCAGACAAGGUGCUGAAACAGCUCGGAAAAGAGAAGGCCAAAGAAAAAUACAAGAAUCGAGAGCCAAUGAUGCCUUCUCCUCAGUUCAUUAAGUCAUACUUCAGCUCAUUCACCGACGACAUCAUCUCCCAGCCCCUGCAGAAGGGCGAGAAAAAAGAUGAAGACAAGGACAAGGAGGGAGAAGCAGCUGAAGUAACUGGGAGUUCUGGCUACCUGAAGGCAAAGCAGUACAUGGAGGAGGAGAAUUAUGACAAAAUCAUCAGUGAAUGCACCAAGGAGAUAGAUUCAGGAGGUAGAUACAUAGCCGAGGCUCUGCUGCUGCGAGCCACUUUCUACCUGCUGAUUGGUAAUGCUACAGCAGCUCAACCUGAUUUGGACCAGGUGAUCAACAUGGAGGAUGCCAAUGUGAAGUUACGGGCCAAUGCUCUGAUCAAGCGGGGGAGCAUGUACAUGCAGCAGCAGCAGCCGAUGCUCUCUACGCAAGAUUUCAACAUGGCAGCAGAGAUUGACACACGCAACCCUGAUGUGUAUCAUCACAGGGGUCAGCUGAAGAUCCUGCUGGAUCAGGUUGACGAGGCAGUGGGAGACUUUGAUGAGUGCAUCCUACUCAGACCCGACUCUGCUCUGGCGCAGGCACAGAAGUGCUUUGCCCUUUACAGACAAGCUUAUACUGGAAACAACCCAGCACAGGUACAGACGGCCAUGAACGGCUUUGAAGACGUAAUCCGAAGGUUUCCAAAAUGUGCUGAGGGAUACGCUCUUUAUGCUCAGGCUUUGACUGACCAGCAGCAGUUUGGAAAAGCUGAUGAGAUGUAUGACAAAUGUAUUGAACUGGAACCAGACAACGCUACUACAUAUGUUCACAAGGGUCUGUUGCAGCUACAGUGGAAACAGGACCUUGACUUGGGUCUAGAGCUCAUCAGUAAGGCGAUUGAAAUCGACAACAAAUGUGACUUUGCCUACGAAACCAUGGGAACCAUUGAAGUUCAAAGGGGCAACCUGGACAAGGCAAUAGACAUGUUUAAUAAAGCAAUCAACCUAGCCAAGUCGGAGAUGGAGAUGGCCCAUUUGUACUCGUUAUGUGAUGCAGCAUACGCCCAGACAGAAGUGGCCAGGAAGUACGGGCUGAAGCCUCCCACACUCUAACUCUGCAGCCUGCUGACCGUCAAUCAGUCUUCAUUGCUGAAUCUAACUGUGUUUAAAGUGCAACUGUCUGACUUAACUUUGAUUUGUUUAAAGAAAAAAGUAUUGGAUAUUGUGGAAAACUAAGGAAGAACCCUGAAUUUAUACUGUUUACAUCAUAUUAAAGGGGUUUGUUGUCAUGGAAAAGGAGGAUCUGUAUUAAUCCAGCUGAGACCGUGAUUCAGGUCUCUGGCUCACUGGUUUGUCACGUGCAGGUUGGCAUGGGGAUCUUGACCAGCACAGCUCUUUGCUGACAUGUAAUUCAGCCACAACAUCAUUUUCAAAUUUUUUAUUACUCAGAAUAAAGAGAAAAGUUGAGGAAAAAAUACAUACACAGCUAUGUAUACCAUUUGAAAUAUUUACCCCCCACAUGAAAUGGAAGAGCAGUGAAAUGCGCAUCAUCUGCUGAACCAGUUACUGGCUGUAAGGCUUUUUGUGACGUUUGCAUCAGAAAAUACUGUGAGAGCUCGAUAAAGUUCCUAUGAACUGUUCACUUGUUCGUUCAUGCCAACCCAAAAAAAAAACUUAAUUUUUUUUUUUCCCACUUGCUUCCAUAUUGUAACGUACAAUAUCAAUUCUAAAUGCUAGAUAAAAACUUGUCCAAAUGUGUAAUGUUUGUAUUUGCAAAGCUGGAAGUGAUUUCAUGGCUGCAGGCCCACAGUUCAGAUUUCUGUUUUAAUGAUGGGCCUGUUUUUUUUUUUUAUUUUUUUAUUUUUUUUUUUAUUAUAAAUGCUGUGCAGCAUGUUCACUUUAUAAAUGUAAAUGAAUGCUCGUGCUGUCUUGAACACUAGCAAAACUGUUAUAAAACUGGGGGGGGGGGGACUUUUGAUUAGGGAAACAGGUAUUUUUAUGUUUUUAUUUUAAUGUAUUUUUUCUUUUUUAAAUCACCUCUAGUGUCGGGCGUUGACACCAGUGAAUGAGUAUUUAGUUCAUAUUUUUUUUCUUAACUCAUUCAUUUAGAAAUGAGAUUUAUUUUCUAUAUCUUGUGAAUUUUUAUUUUUCACCAGUCUGUUUGGUUCAAAAUGUUUAGAGUUAUUAAAAUGAUUCUUUUCGUCCUAAUUUAAGAAAGAGAAAUGUUCUCGUGAACUUGGCCUUAUCGUUAUCAGCCCACAUGCAGCCCUGAAGUCUCUUGGUGCAGUGUAUGAUUUGGUUCUUGAGGAAUAUCUGAACAAUUUCUUUAAAUUAGCCUUUCUUGCUGACUUGUUCUACAUCUAGAGAGUUUAUAACUGAAUGAAAACCAAACUGAACAGCUCCUUAUAUCUGUGAUGUUCUCUCUUAACAGCAGUAUGGGUAAAAUUUCAUGUAAUGUGUGAUUAUACAGUAGAACCAUAUAAUGCUGCAGCUGGUGAGGAUGGAUGCUCGUAGAGUUGUAGUCCAACUCAAACCCAGAAUUUACCUUCAAAGAAAUAGAAGUAAAGUAAGUUUUGGCUCUUUGAUCAAAAACGUUUAUUAGUGAUGUGAUCAGUGAGAUGAAAAUGAAAGAAUAUGAAUCCUAAUAAAGUUAUAAUUCUUGAAAUGAA